UUGACUGAUCUUCUCAGAUAUUCCCGCUUAGUGAAGUGUACCAUAUAAUAGGUCUGUUUAUGAUAAGGCCAUGCUGCCAUCCAAGUUAUUUUCUUGACUCAAGGUAUUGCCUAAAAUGUAACAACAAUACACGUGUGUUAAAAAACAUUGCUCAAUUGUUUAAGGAAUAUAAAGGAAGGAGGACUCGACGUCGAGAGACUAGAAGGUCAGAUAAUUUGCUUGGAUUUCGGGGAGUAUGAUUGUUUUGUUUCAUUCGUGAUAGAAAGACAAAUAGAAGGAUAAAUACAGAGGUAUGUACCAGUAAGAUUGGUUUACUAAGUGCCUUGAAACUUGUAUCAGGGCACUGGACAUGUAGGAUGGCAGAAAACUACUAUGAUAAGUUCAAAUUCGAAGCAACGUAAGGCGAAUACAAUGGACUCAUUUCAAGAUGGUGGCCACAAGCUUAUGAAUUCUGAACACAGCAACUUUUCACAAAGUAUGGAGGGUUCGUAUAUGAAUCCAGAGAUGAAUCAUUAUGGGCCAAACCCUGGAGAACAGGGUAUGGGUCCUGACAAUUAUAAUAGGAUGAACGAGGGGAUGGCUCAUGGACAAAUGUCACAAUAUAACCCAUACAAUAGAUCAGCUUAUCCAGGCAUGGAUAAUGGUAUGGGUAAUGAAUAUUCAAGUCAUAGCUCUGCAUAUGGGCAGUAUCAACAGCCAGGCAGUCGUGGAAGUUUUCCUGGGGGUCCACGGCCGCCAAUGGGACCUGUCAGGCCAGGGGCAGGUGCCCACGGAGGGGGUAUGAUGCCAGGACCAGGGGCUUACAAUUCAAACCAGCAGAGAAUGCUGUCUGGACAAACAAUUUCGCAGCAGUCGGGGCCGACACCAACGCUAAACCAGCUGUUGCAAACGCCAAAUUCUCAGCCGCGAUACCAAAACAAUUAUGAUGGCUACCAGGGACCUCAUAAGGGGCCAGAUAUUAGUGCGAGCAAUGGACCCUAUGGUAUGCCACAGGGUUGGAUGCAAAAUCAAAGAGGGAUGGGCAACUACCCUCAGAUGUCAAUGUCAGGACCUUCCCCAUAUAGGGGCCAGGGUCAGCAGAGUUACAAUCAGCAAGGUUUUAACCAACCUCCAAAUUCUCAGUCACAGUACAGCAGCAGUCAGGGCUCAAUACAACAACAGCCUCAACCCCCGGGGCAGCCACCAGGGUCAUCACCACAGCAACAGAGACCUACUCCACAACCUUCACCUCAUCAGCAAAUUAGUCCAGCCCCAUCUCCAUCACCAGCUCACCGCUUGACCCCUAAUCCAUCUCCUGGACCACAGCGACCCCAGCCGCAGCCAUCACCUGGACAACAACGUCCUUCACAACCAUCACCUUCACCUUCUCAAAGGUCAUCCUCAUCACAGUUGUCUCCUCCAGGGUCAUCACCAGGACAACAGAACUCCUUACCAAACUCACAGCAUAAUCAUCUUUCUAGUCCAAAAGAUUCCUCCACCGAAGAUGUAAAAGGGGAGGGAACUCUUAUGAGCAAUUCAUCUCGACCAGAACCGUCACCAGGAUCUGUAGGUUCAAGGUCAAAUACACCAGCCUCUAUCUCAGGUGCAAGUCCUAUGCCCCCACGUCCCCCCUCACAACAGGAUGGUCCACAACAAAAUUCACGUAUGAGUCAGUCACCAAUGCCAGCUCCAGGAUAUAAUCAGCAGAUGAUGCCCCCACCCAUGGGGCCCAAUCAGAUGGGAGGAUAUAACCAAGGCAAGAUGGGCCCUGGGCAACCGGGGUCGUACAAUCAUCAUUACCAGAAUUCACAAUAUCCCCAAUCUGGAGGAGGGAAUUUUCCAAUGCGUCCAACCCCAGGAAUGGGAAAUUACCCACAAAACAUGUAUAAUGGACCGAAUCAGGUUGGACCUGGUGGACAGCCAAUGUAUAACAAUAUGAGUGGCCCUGGAAUGGGUAGAACUAGUUAUAACAAUAUGUACAGUAAUCAAGGAGGCAUGAUGGGAAUGAAUAGUCAAUAUGGAAAUUAUGGAGGCCCUGGACAAAGUCCUCAAAGUGGUCCUACGCCGGGCAUGACAAGUCCUGGACCUAGUGCUAAUGGACCACAAUCAAAUAUUAACUCUAUGUCGAGCACAAGUACUGGGUCCAAUGGACCAAUGUCUGUGCCGCCAGUUCAAGGUCAAACACCAAUCAAAGGUGCUCAGACUGCUGCUCAGGCUGCUGCUCAAGCAGCCAUGGCAGCGGCUAAUGCAGCUGCACGCUCACAACCGAGUCCUGGCAGACCAAGUCAACCACAGCAGAGAAUGUAUAAUCCAAAUAUGCCUGUUGGACCUCAUUCCAUGCCACCCCAGUCUAUGAGCCCUUUAAGUCAUAUGGGACAGAUGAAUCAAAUGGGUUAUAACUCAACAAAUAGUCUGUCACCACAUCAGCAGAACUCUGUUUCACCUGUGCCUCCAAAUGUAAUGGGUCAAAAUAUGCCUCCAUCAGGAAAGAUGCAUAAUAGUUCUAGUGUUAAUAAUUAUAAUAGUGAACAACCACUUCCAAAGUCAAAAUCAAAGUCUAAAUCUGUGACAAAUACAAACAUACCUCCAACAAAUAUACCAAACAGUUUGAGAAAUUCCACCGCUUCUCCACACAUGGGUAUGGCUAGUCCUUCAAUGCAGGACCCGAAUAUGCAGCCGCCACAGCCUGUGUCGACGCCAGCAUCAACACUAUCAGAUGCAGGAUCACAUUCUAAUGAUUCAACUAGUAUGGGACCAGUGAUGAAUAAUGACUCUAAUGUACAACCUAAUUCAAUAUCUGGUCCCAAUGGAAUGCCAGGUGUAGGUGGUCCUGAUGCCUCCCAUUCUAUGCCUGCAGGGGAAACAGGCCAAAAUGAGAACCAAUCAAAUACAACCCUUCCAAAUGAUGCACAGCAUCCCAUAACCACACAGGCAAAUACUACAUCUGCUGUGGAGACAACAACAACUGUGACACAAAGUAUCACCAGUCCAGUAACAAGUUUAUCAACAGAAGCAGGUAACAGUAAUGAUAGUCAGCCAGUACCAAUGGAACCAUUACCUGUCAUGCAGAACUGUAUACCAACUCCUCAAAGUAUAGGUGAUCAAGAAAAUAGUAAUGAACCUCCAGAAAAGAAAAGAAAAACAGAUAAUACGGGCAUUUCACAGUUGCCAUAUGCCCGAGUGGCCCCGUCACCGGACGGGGCAAGCAUAGCUUCUUCAGGCACACAUGAGGAUAUUGACAACGUAGGAAGCCCAAGUGGCUGGUCCAAUUCAGCAAAGUCUGGUAAUGGUGACCAUAUGAAGUUGUAUGAAAUGGGAAUGGAACCAGGCAGGAAGCUGUUUCUUGACCGUUUGUUUGCAUACUUGGAUGAGAAGGGAACUCCAAUGUCUAAUAUGCCUGUGAUCAGUAAACAACCAAUAGAUUUGUUCCGUCUCUACAUGAUAGUACAAGAGAAGGGUGGAAUGGUAGAGGUAACAAAAGCAAAGAAAUGGAAGGAGAUUUGUGGUUUGAUAAAUGUCUCUGGGUCCGCAAGUGCAGCAUUUACACUCAAGAAGAACUAUAUCAAAUUUUUGUUUGCCUUUGAAUGUCGCUUUGAUCGUGGUGGAAUGGACCCUGCACCAAUACUGGCUCAGAUGGAAAAUGAUUUGGAAAAGAAACGUGCAGCAAAACAAAGGAAUAGAGCUCCCUCACCAGGUUCACAAGGUUCCCAGGAUGGAUUACCAGGCCAAUUUAUGCAGAAUGACCCUAGUAUGGGUCACAUGGGGCAAGGCAUGAUGGGAAAUCACAUGAUGAACAAUAUGGGUCCACAUGGGGCUCCUAUGAUGGGACCAAACAAUAUGGGAGGUCCACAUCACAUGGGGCCGGGUAUGCAGGGACCUGGUCACAUGAUGGGUUCAAUGGGUCAUCAAAAUUAUCCAAACUCUGGGUAUAUGAUGCAAGGUGGACCUAACUCCAUGAUGGGCAACAACAUGGGACCUCAAGGAGGAAUGAUGGGUCCAGGUAUGCAGGGCCCAAAUGGUAUGAUGGGUCCAGGAGGUAUGGGCCCACAGCAGGGAAACAUGAUGCCAAACAACAUGGGUCAGCAUAACAUGAUAAACAAUAUGAAUAUGCCAUCCAAUAGCAUGAUGCCACAUAACAAUAUGGGCCCGGGAGGAAAUAUGCCAAGUCAUCAGCCUGGUAUGAUGCCCCCAAAUAGCAUGAACCAGCAACAAAUGAUGAGAAAUAACAUGGGGCAUUCUCCAGGCCCAAAUAAUGGACCAAUGAUGCCACCUAACAGUAUGAUGAGAGGUAAUUCUGACAGUGUUAGCUGCCAAGAUCCAUUUGCUGACGAGCCAUAUCAGAAACAAAAUGCUGGACCUCAAAUGCCGCCAUAUUCUAAUAUUCAAAAUUCUGCAAUUCCACAGUCAAACUCUCCAAUGCCCCCAAACAGUGGGCAGAUGCCAUCUCAAAAUUCAAAUAUGCCUCCAAGCAGUAAUGCAGGACCUGUGAAUCAAAUGGGUAUGAAUCACCAAUCCCAUUCCUCACAGCCAAUGAAACCAGAGAUCUCCUCAAAUAGCGGGAGUGUACAAAGUAAUACGGAAAUGCCAGUCACUUCCGGUAUGAUAUCACAGUCUUCUAAUGUAUCACUACAAAGCAGUGGCAGUGACACAUUUACAUCAAUGACCACAGCAAGUAUUUCUACAUCUACAAAUUCCUCAACAAUAAGCCAGCCAAACAUUUUCAAUCAGGAUAGUAACAGUAACAGCAGCAUGCCAGAGACUGCACCACCACAGUCCAUGGGCCCUCAUUCUGUACCAGGUCAGCCUCAGGUGUCCCAGCCAGUGAUGCCACACCCUUCUUCACUUCAGCAGCCAAUGCCAUGUCAACCACCAAUGGCACAACCAAUGAUGUCGCACUCAAAUUCAAUGCCUCCACAAAUGCCAGGACAACCUCCAAUGCAAUCACAGCCAAUGAUGUCACACUCUAAUUCAAUGCCUCCACAAAUGCAAGGUCAAUCUUCAAUGUCACAUUCUUCAUCCAUGCCACCCCACAUGCCAGCACAGCCAUCAAUGCCAUCUCAACCAAUGAUGCCACACUCGAGUUCUAUGCCUCCGUCAAUGCCUGGUCAGCCUCCUAUGCCAGCCCAGUCUGGUAUGUCACAGUCUUCUUCCAUGCCUCAAGAUGGUACAACAAACAGUUCUAGUCAAUAUUCCAGCACUACCAACACAACAAGUACAUCUGGUAGACAAUUUCCAUUUGGAGAUAACCAGUUUAGCAAACCUGAUAGAUUUGAUCAGGCGUCACCUGGUAUGCCUCCAACAGUCCCCCCAACAAGCAUGCCUCCAUCGGGCAAUACUCCUAUGACCCAGACUGGACCAUCUAGUAUGAAUCAGCACCAGCAGCCUCCGAUGAAUUACCCCCAGCAAGGCAUGAACCAGGCGCCAUAUGGUCCACACCAACAUGGUAUGGAUCCAAACUUUCAAGGUCGUUAUGGCAACCAAGGUCAGCCUGGUCCUGAUGGACAGUUUAACCAAGGUUUUCAUGGAAACCCUCCACAAGGUGGAUAUGCGCCACGCCCUCCAAUGAUGGGUGGAGAACAGUACCAGGGAUAUCCGGGUCAAGGACAGUAUGGAAAACCACCAAUACCUGGUGGCAGUAUUUACUCAACUCCAAACAAACGUUACCCUGACAACAGAAAUGAAUACAUGUCGCCAGCAUAUAAUGUUCGAGGCUCAUUGAGUUUCGAUGAUCGUAUGGGACCAAUGCACUACACUCCUUCCCGUCCUAUAUACCCGGAUUUCAGUGUGGAUAACAUGGCUUAUUGCUCCCAGCCGUAUGGAGGUUCAUCCUCGAUGAACUACGGUGACCCUAACACAUCCCAAUAUCAGUCGGCACCAUCGUAUAAUGAUUAUAGUGAUUCGUCAAUGACACCUGAUCGCAGAGACCAGGCUCAGUGGUCACCUAUGCCGCAGCAGAGAAGCUACCAUGGCAUGCCACCGUAUGGUCCAGGUCAGACUCCUGGGAUGAGCCCCAGUGGUCCACCAAACAUGAGUCACCUACCUAGAGUCAGAAUGUCACCCACCAGAAAUAGGGACUACAUGUCUCCAAAUAAACAGAAAAUGAUGCCAUCUGGUGGAAUGCAUGGUCCUUAUAAAAAAGACAUGCAUUUUCCUAUGGAUACCGUAGAAUCAACACAACCUCACCUUAGCAAGAGAAGAAAGUUAACGAAACAUGAUGUUGGACCUCAGGGUUACAAACCAGUCUAUACAGGAAGUAGAAGGAAUCGUGGGAGUUUUAGCACAGGGCAAAUUGAAGCCUGGAGAAUUAUGAUGGCAUUGAAAUCUGGCUUGAUGGCUGAAAGCACUUGGGCUUUGGAUACUCUAAAUAUCCUCUUGUUUGAUGAUUCCACUGUGGCCUACUUUGGCCUUGCUCAUUUGCCAGGUUUGCUAGAAGUCCUUCUUGACCAUUUCCGUCGCUGCCUCAUUGAAAUGUUUGAUCUGUUUGAAGAUUCUCAAAUUGGAUCCGGACAUGAAGAUUUUAAACAAAAUCUGGUUCGCAUGGCUAUCAUACAGUCGGCCCUGGAAGGGGACGAAGAUUCCGCUGAUCUUGAACUUAAACGUGUAAAUAAAUCAUUAGUGAAAAUAGAAAAUGCAGAUAUCACAAAUAGUGAAAUAUCAGAUAAAACACCUGAAAAGACAAAUGAAAAGAAAAAUGAUGAUAAGAAAAGUGAGGAAAAGGAAAGUGAAAAUGAAGAAAAGAAUAAUGAAUUAGAAACAUACAAGGAAUGGAAGGCUAGACCAAAUUUUACACAUAUUACAAGGCAAGGUAAAGAGGUGAAACUAGAAGAAAAUGCUCAUCCAAAUGGUUUAUUAGAUGAAAAGUUCUGGGAUGUAUAUGGUGAAUUUGGUGAUCAAUCAGAUCUCUGGGAAGUUGGGAAAGGUGACUUAACUGAGCACAUAUGUACACAUUUUGAGGAUAUGAAUGAACUGAAAAGAUGCUGUAAAAGGUUUUUCCGUAAACCAAUGGAAUUAAAAAAUCCUGAUUUGAAAGAAAAUACAGAAAAUCCAGAGGAAAUAGAAAAGGAUGGUGCAAUCAAAAUCGAGUCAAUGGAUACAGACGAUAAUAAUCCAGGGUCUGUGAAAGAGAAAGAUUCUGAGUCAGAAAACCAGUCAAAUCCUGAAAAUUCUGAUAACGAGAAGUGUGAAACUAGUUCCAAUAAUACCGACUUUGGUAGUGAUAAGUUCUCCUGUGAAAAGGAUCAUACAUGUAACAAAUUUAUGAAGGGAGUGACAAUAAAAGCUGAACCUAGGGAUACUUUACCUGAACAGAAUGACUCUGGUAGUGAUAUAAGCGAGGAAAAGCUUGGAACUAAAUCAUUUUUCAGAGAUGAACCCAGAAUGAAAUUAGCUGUAAAGUAUGAACUUUUAGAUAGUAAUGAACUUGUUCAGAUUUGUAAAACGCAGUUUGGAUUAAACACAGAAGGGGAGAGGAAUAAUAUGGAGGACGAGUCAUACCAACGAAAUGAGCCGCCACUGUGCCUUACAAGUGAGGCGCAGCAGGAGAUAGGUCGAAGAUGUGUCUGUGUUUCUAAUAUUUUCCGCAGCUUGUCAUAUCUACCUGGAAAUGACAUUGAAUUGUCACGACAUACAGGACUUUUGUACAUUCUCGGCAAGUUGCUACUGCUGCACCACAAACAUCUACCUCGAUCUCGGGUGCGACGCAAAUUUGAUCGUGAUGAUAUUGAUGACGAUAUGGUUGAUACAUCUCAGGGCGUAGAGGAAUGGUGGUGGGAUUGUUUGAACGUUCUCCGAGAAAACACACUUGUGAUCUUUGCCAACAUUUGUGCUCAGUUAAGAUUAGACAUAUUCCCAGAUGAGAUUUGCGUUCCAAUAUUGGACGGCUUGUUACAUUGGGUUGUUUGUCCAUCAUCAUGUGCGUCAGAUCCUCUCCCAACUGUGGGUCCAUCAUCCGUCCUGUCACCUCUCAGACUUGUGCUUGAAGCUCUGUGUAAACUGUGUAUCCAUGAUAAAAAUGUGGACAUGCUACUAGCUAGUCCUCCUUAUGAAAGGAUUGUGCAAUUAUUUAGUGUGCUGACAAAACUUCUCGCAAAUAAAAGUGAGCAAGUGACGGUCGAGUUUUCAGUAGUGUUGUUGUCGGAGCUGGUCAAAGGUGGCAGCAGUGCUGCACGUGGAGUGGCACUUCAACACCCAAGCAUAUCUCUCUUGAUAGACUUUAUAGAGACUGCGGAACAGAAAGCUGUCCAGGUAGCUAACAUGCAUACCGUACAGAUGCUUCGUGAUAACCCAGAAAUGAUGGGAACUAGUCUUGAUAUGUUACGGCGAGCAGCAACGGUGCUCUUGCAUUUAGCUAAGGUGCCAGAAAAUCGUAAACUGUUUGUUCAUCAUCAAAGUAGAAUAUUAUCUUUGGUAAUGUCACAGAUUCUGGACCAUAAUGUAGCAUCAAUACUGUCAGAUGUAUUGUUUCAGUGUUCCCAGUUAUCAUAACAUCAACUCUUUGUGUAGAUGUGUUACAAAUAUAGAGUUAUUACUCAAAACAGAAAUUGAGCACGUGUCGUAAGCGGAGAUAAAGGAGAAAGCAAAUGACUGAGAAAUUUAAAAAAGCUGGUCUUAUCCCUUGAAUCUGAAAGGAAGUUGAAUUAACUGUUAACAUGACAAAAGCCUGGCCCAAGAUUUUGUCAUUGUUACAACUCCCAUAAAGGAAAUAAUGAGCUCAAAAUGUGUUUGUAGAGGAAAAUAAAUUGUGAUCAUGUUUUGAUCUGUAGAUGUUUUUUCUUUCAUUUUCUAGAUCUUGUUAAAUAUUGACACAUUUCAUUCUCUUGGCCAUGUUAAACAUGAGCCCUCUUUGUAUCUCAUUAUUUGAAAAAAGAAAUGUACAUGGAAUCUUGUAUAUAUAAAUGUGUAUAUUAUAUCACAGUUGUUUUCUUGAUGUCAAAUAUAGAUGUUUAACAUUUUUCUCUUAUCAUUAUGAUUUGAUGAGAUCUAUACAGACAACUAUUCACAAUCAUUUUGUUCAUUGAUUACUUAUCACUUGCUAAAUUUUCAUUUAUCAUGCAUGUAAAUGAACACCUCAUUAAUAUUAAUUAGCUCCUCAUAAAUAUUCAUACUUAUGUGUUGAUUCACAAGUUUUUUGCAUUUGUCAGAAAAACUGCCUAUUAUAAUAUGAUGUUAAAUUUCUUGUUUUUGUUUGUUACCAAUAUGUUGUAUACGUGGAUAUAAGUCUUUAUGAUAUUGUUUUAUUUUUGUACACUAUGGAAGAAAAAAAUGUCUGACCUACAUGGGGAAAUCAAAUAGUAAAACAGGACAGGGCAGAAAGUUUGCAUGAAAUAAUGAAACAGAUAUUUUAUUUAUAUUUAAAUUCAGUCUACAUUUUUAAAAAGGAAAAAAAGUCUUGUUUUCUUUAAAACCUUGAUUUAAAAUUUGGAAAAUUAGAUGUUUUUAUAUAAAACAAAUACAUGUACAGCUGGAUACAUUAAAAAGAAAAUAUUACAUCAAAUACUCUUGCAUUUUUUGCACAAGUUGUUGGAGCUGUAACCUUGGGUAAUAUAGUUGGUUUAAUUAGUUGGUGAUUUAAUUAAUAGACAGGUGCUUUUGUCUAUAAAAUAUCAUGGUUGCUUUAGUUGGAUAUUUAGAGCUAUAAUAGACAUUUAUAAAAUAAGGCUUAAACUUUUUUGUGGUGAAAACAAGCAGACUUUUUAACAGAUACCUACUUUUCUGAAUUUGUAUAUUUUUGUCUUUCCUAUAUGACCCUGGUGCUUUAUUGUUCUAGCAGAUGAAUUCAGCUUAUUCUAGGAUACCUAGCACUCUGACUGUGAAGAUGCACAUUCCAGGAACUAUUUAUUUACUGCAUGAUUAAAACAUAUUCACAUGAUGCUUCUUGUUAUACUAAGUUUGAAAACUGAAAUUUACUUUGUUCUGAAGUUGAAUAAUUUAUUGUUUUCAUUUAACAGUGUAAAGCAGAAGAACUUGGUACAUGUAUAACUAUGUCGGUAUUAUGUGAUCAACCUUAAUAUAACUUACAUUUUAUACGCAAUUUCAACUAGUGCUGUAGAUUAUUUUUGUUUAUUUUGUAAGAGUUUAAAAAAUAGUAUUCUAUUGUAUUUUUGUUUCUUAAGGGCUUUAAACUAACUGACAUGUCACUAUAUUUAAUAGCUGAAAGGUAGCAAAGUUUAAGACCAAUAUUGUGUUAUAACAAUUAUUCUGCUACAGUGUUUUUUCCCUCUGGAAGAACUUGUUUGAUGUGAAGAAGAGUAAUUCUAGGUGGUUUUAUGUCUUUCAACGCUUUAAAAAGUUAUUUAACAUUGAAAUAAUAUUGGAUAAUUGCCGACGAGGAAUUAAUGUUAAAUGUUGGGUAUAACUGGGUCAUUUUUCCUUCUAUUGUUCUCAUGUGCAGAUAGCUUUAUAACAUUAUGUCAGACAUUGAAAAUGUGUAAAUAAAUUAUGAACAACA